AUGGCUAAGAAAAUCCUCUCCGUCAAUGCGGGCUCGUCGUCGGUCAAAGCGACCUUUUACACGCUUGAGAACCCGCCCGCCGUUAUCGCCGAAGCGCAAGUUUCAGGCAUCACUGCCCCACCGCCCGUUUUCAAAUACAAAGGUGGCUCGAAAAAGAACAUCAAGGAGGAGCUGAAGGAGCAGAUUAAUUCACCACAGGACGCAUUCAAAUAUAUUCUGCAUCGUUGUUUCAAUGACCCUGAGCUCUCUGGUGUAGCCAGCAAAGACGAUCUGGCCUAUAUCUGCCACCGAGUGGUCCACGGCGGCGACUAUGGAGCGUCGGUCGAGAUCAAUGAUGAGACUAUACACCACCUCGAGGAACUAGAGGAUCUUGCGCCGCUACAUAAUUCAUCUGCGCUGGGGAUCAUCAAACUCUGCCAGAAAGAACUCCCAGGCGUAACAAGCAUUACAUGCUUCGACACAGCUUUCCACAACACUCUCCCCGACCACGUGAAAACAUACGCCAUAAACCAAGAUAUCGCCAAAGCAAACGGGCUGCGCAAAUACGGCUUCCAUGGAAUAAGCUACUCCUUCAUCCUCCGAUCGGUGGCCCAAUUCCUCGGUAAACCAGCCGAGAAGACCAACGUGAUCGCAAUGCAUCUCGGUAGUGGAGCCUCGAUCUGCGCGAUCAAGGAAGGGAAGUCAAUCGAUACCUCAAUGGGCCUGACUCCAGUGACAGGACUCCCUGGUGCGACUCGAAGUGGUGAUAUUGAUCCCUCAUUGGUGUUCCACUACACGAGCGAUGCCGGCAAGCUGAGUCCGGCCAGCACAAAGGAUAUGCAUAUUAGCACGGCGGAAGAGAUCCUGAACAAGAAAUCCGGCUGGAAGUCAUUGACGGGUACGACCGACUUCGGCGAAAUUGCCGUCGACAACGCCCCGCCCUCGCAUAAGCUCGCUUUUGAUAUUUUGGUCGAUCGCGUGCUGGGGUAUAUCGGGAACUACUUCCUCAAACUAGACGGGCGGGUAGACGCUUUGGUGUUUGCCGGCGGGAUUGGCGAGAAAAGCGCAUUGCUACGGCAAGCACUCUGCGCGCGAUGCGAGAGUCUAGGCGUGUCGAUCAAUGCUGAAGAGAAUGACAAAGGCCCCGAUAACGAGACAGUGAAGGAUAUCUCCCAGGGAUCCGGCAAGGGGCCGCGGGUGCUGAUUUGCCAGACCGAUGAGCAGGUGAGAUUCUUUCCCGAUCGCUGGUGGUGGUUCUUUGCUAAUUGGCGAUUUUUACCCCUCAGUUCGAGAUGGCAUACCAUUGUGUUUGCUCGCGGGCACACUGAGGCGUCGCGCCGUGGCGACCUUGGAAACAAGAUUGUGGGAUUCCUGGAAGCUACAAAUGCAGAUGUGACAGGUGGAUAUGUGGAUACGUGGGCUUGA